AUGUUUGAUCUCGAGGGACGGCGAUCACGGACCAGAAACGGUCACACUUCUCCGGAGGCUUUCAUCAUAUAUGAGGAGACGCUGUUAAGACAGCAAAAAAAUCUCCUAGACCAGGUGUCCGUACAAGUUGAGUGGUUCUAUCGCAAGUGCACUUAUGUUGAGCUUACGGGCAUGCUCUAG